AUGUCUACCCAAGUCGUUGCCCCCGUUGCACCACCCGUAACCAUACGGACUAGGAGAAGAGCGAGAGAACAACAGCAAGAAACAACACCCGGCAUGCCUCCGCCUCCACCUGCCGCCGCUGGGGGGAUGUUUCCUCUUGGCUACAAAGAUGCCGUCUACCAAUGGUGGACGAGCGUAACACCAACAGUGGCAGAACGUAACGUUAUUGCCCAUAUACCAUACCUCAGGGAAGCCGUCGCACAGUCGACCUCGCCAUUGGCCGAGGUGCCUUCGGCCGACCACCCUGGAUCUACUGAGACCGCUGCCAAUAUCGACCCGUACGGGCCGCGGUUGUGGAAAUCGCAAAUGGUUAAGCUAUCUGGCAAGAACCGAGGGCUCAAUGAGUUUUCCAUCGAGAGGGUGGGCGAGCCGGUAGAUGACACCCUGGUCAUGCUUCAUGGCUACGGUGCAGGUUUGGGAUUCUACUACAAGAACUUUGAGAGCUUGACGCGGGUCAAGGGCUGGAAACUGUACGCACUCGAUAUGCUGGGCAUGGGCAACUCGAUGCGGCCCAGCUUCAAAAUACACGCCAAGGAUCCCGCCGGCAAGAUCGCCGAGGCGGAGAGUUGGUUUGUCGACGCACUAGAAGAAUGGCGCAAGGUCCGAAAAUUAGAGAAGUUCACUCUUCUCGGCCACUCCCUCGGCGGGUAUUUGGCGGUAUCAUAUGCCUUGAAAUACCCCGGCCGGCUCAACAAGCUCAUCUUGGCAUCGCCAGUCGGUAUUCCGGAGGACCCCUAUGCCGUUAAUGCGGACAUGCCCGAGCCCCAAGAGUCGACAUUCCAGGACGAGUUCACACAGGAUCAAAUAGAGACGACCAGACCCCAUGACGGCAACUCACCGAGCUCCAAGAGCAAAAUAGGAAGUGACAGCGUCAAUGCUCCAAAGAAGCGUCCUUAUCCCAGCUGGCUCGUCUGGCUAUGGGACGCUAAUGUAUCUCCAUUCAGUAUUGUACGCAUGGCCGGACCAAUCGGCCCUCGCUUUGUGUCGGGCUGGACCUCGCGCCGCUUCAACCAUUUGCCCGACGAGGAGGCGCAAACGCUUCAUGACUACUCCUACAGCUUAUUCCGUCAACGUGGUAGUGGAGAGUAUGUGCUGCCAUAUCUUCUGGCCCCUGGCGCUUUUGCCCGUAACCCCAUCAUCAACCGCAUCCAAGACGUCGGCAGGCAAGUCAUUCAACCAGCAACUGCUUCUACGCCGGAAACCAAGGAGACGGGGUAUCCCAUCGUCUUCAUGUACGGCGAAAACGACUGGAUGGAUGUGGCGGGGGGCCUGGCGGCCGAGGAGAAACUAAAGCAAGUCAAGGCGCAGAUCCUUCGCAAUGCCACCGAGGAGCAGAAGAAACGAGAAAAUGGGUCCGCCAAGGUAAUCAUCAUACCCAAGGCCGGCCACCACCUCUAUCUGGACAAUUCCGAGUAUUUCAACGAGGUCAUGACCAAGGAGCUGGAGGAUACUCGUAGGCAGACUCUCCAGGAGAGGACGGAAAGGUCCUAA